UAAGUAUGCCUAUCGGUUUGGACUCCGUUGCGAUGGAAUGACGAUUUGCGUCGCCUGGUCUCAGGGUCUUGUAGAACGACGACAUGCCAUGGCAUGAGAGGUGGCCGAUUCUUAUGACUGAACGAUUGAACCUGUUGGAGCCUUCGGGUGGUGUCUUGUCUUGUCUUGUCUUGUCUCGUCUCGUCUUGUUCUGUCCGCUUGGCUUGGGUUGUCUCACAGGCAGCCGUAAUAAUUUCAGUUUCGGGUCGUCUUGGGGUACCAAGGCGCUGGUGAAGUUACCAGACGGUUACGGCUACCAUCCAGUGGUGUGGUGAGCGGACUGGCUUUUCUUGCUCAUCUGUCCUGCCAUCCCCCCGGUCGCAUUACGAUUCAUCUGGGACCGAUAGACCAGUAGGCAUGGAUGAA